AUGCAUCUUUUGCAAAAAUGCCAUUUGGAAAAGCCUCCAGGAGUCCAGGGUCUCCUGAACGGUGCCUCUAUCACGGAGAACCCUGGAGAACCCCUUCGGGACACGGGGGUCCCCGAGCCUAUGACCCGUCUGUAUCCAGGGAGUUGUGCAGGUGACGGUCAGGUCGGACUUGCAAACCUCAACAAAAACAUGAACACGAUGUAUCAAGCGCUGUAUCAACAGCUCGAAGCAUUUGGCUAUCAAGCAAUCGAUCGUGGUUUGAUACCCGACUGGAUCCUACGAAGACUGAUCAGGUUCAGCUGUUCCCUGCGGAUAAAGGAGCUGGACAGUCCAUCACUAGAAGAACUCCAUCGGCGCAAACUUUCCUUCAUCGACAGUCUCCGAUCGCUUCCUGUGGCCGUCCAUCAAAAAAGUGCAAAUGAACAACAUUACGAGAUCCCCACGGAGUUAAUGAAAUCAUGUUUGGGAGAGUUCAUGAAGUACAGCUGCUGUUAUUUUCCCAACAUGAACGAGAGCCUCGACGAAGGGGAAAUCUUGAUGCUUCAAGAUUAUUGCAAAAAGGCUAAACUCGAAGAUGGAUUAGAGAUCUUGGAUUUGGGCUGUGGUUGGGGCAGCCUGUCGCUUUUUUUGGCUCAGAAAUAUCCCAACUCCCGGAUCACAGCUCUCAGCAAUAGUCGCACUCAGAAAAUCCACAUCGAUCAAGUCGCAAAACGAAGAGAAUUGAAAAACUUGACCGUCCUGACGGACGAUGUGAUGGUCUUCGAUUUCCCUUCUGAUCAUGCUAGGUUCGAUCGUGUCAUUUCCAUCGAAAUGCUUGAGCAUAUGAAAAAUUACGAAUUUCUGUUCAAGAAGGUAUCCACUUGGCUAAAACCUGAAGGUCUAUUUUUCGCCCACAUUUUUUGCCACAAAGACCAACCGUACCAUUUUGAAGAAAAAGAUGGCUGGAUGGCCCAGAAUUUCUUCUCGGGAGGAACUAUGCCUUCUUUAGACCUAUUUGCGUACUUCCAACGGGACUUAAAUCUGGAACAUUCCUGGUUUAUCAAUGGUACUCAUUACGCAAGGACCGCUGAGUUGUGGCUCAAUAAGCUUGACCAAGCCCGGAGCGUUUGGACGAGUGAGAAUCAGAUGCUUCAGGUCAUGAAGAUUCAAGAGCUAGAUGAAGAAUCCGCGACCAAGGAGAUAUAUAGGAAUUUUUUCAAAUUUCGCACGUUCUUCUUGGCAGUUGCUGAAUUCUUUGGGCUUAAUGAGGGUCAAACUUGGGGUGUUGGUCAUUACCUCUUCUCGAAGAAAACCCUACCUACAAAAAUAAAAGAUUAAUCCUCCUGUCUGUCUUUUUAAAGCAAAACGUAAGCUAUACCAAUAUACAUACUAACUUAUUCCAAUAGAUAUACAGCAAUAUACAAAAGUGAAGAUUUAUGUCUGUAAAAUAUGUUAUUUAUUUGGCUCAAGAUUAAUAUACAUAUCAUGUCUCUUCAGGCAAUAUGUGUUUUUUUGACACAUCAAACAAAUUGUCUUGAGAUUGAUUGAUUGAUGCAUCUCAAAACAAAUGCACUCCAGCUAUCGUCCUACAACAGG